AGAAGCACUGAGGGAAACGGGCGAGAAACAUGAGUCGAAAUCGCCCAGGUGAGGGUUUCCACCUUGAAGGAAUAAAAAAUCUCUCUUAAUUCUGAGAAGGACGAGACAAGCGAAGGAGAACAUUAAGUUUGAAAAAGAGAGCGAAUCCGAGGCGUCUGACAGCAAGCUCAGGAACUUCACUGGAUUUGGUUUUUAUAGUUUACUCUGAGACGAAUCAAAAUUUCUGGUUCGUUUCCGUUCACUCGUUGUUUUGCUGUUACUUCAAUGUGAUUACCUCAAAUACUGACUUCUUCCUGGAUCGAGUUGUGCUCUGGUAAACAUUAGACCGUAUCGGAGAUGGGAAGUAUAAUGCAGGCCGUGAGCUGCUUAUUCUUUAAUACGAGAAAGCAUUUGGCAUCGAAACCCAGAUACUGGAUCUAAACUUUUGUUUCCCAUUUUCUUGCCGGUUCUACCCCCAUAGGAAAGAGGUGUGUGACUGAUGUACAGUGUCCCUGCUUGUAAUGGUACGUCACUUUGUUCUGCAAACACUGUUGUUGGCCCGCAAGUGUGGAUAUUAAGUUAGAGGAACUUUCUUUGGAACUACACGUCUCUGUGAAAUCAGCACGUUUAAGUUGACUGGUUUGUUUACCUCUGCUUGUGCAACUGCUUGUUGUCACAGAGGCCUCUUGUAUAGUGUAUGUGGAUUACAUCAUUGUCUGACUUCUUAAGCAGGCUCCUUUUCACCCUGGUAGAAGCCAGCCACCUUCUGCUGUAGGUGGGUGAAGGGGAGCAGAGUGACCAACACAAAGCCUCCGUGGAGCUCUGGUUUUACAGGCUCCGUGACAUUGCCAGUGGGUGGCUGUGUGUGUCACUGGAUUAAUCUGAGAGAUAACAUCACUCUACACUGCCCUACUCUGUCUGGUCCCCCAAGAAAGCGCCAGUAAUUGGACCUAUUUUUAGAGGAAGGGAUGGGGUAAAAGCAGGCAACUGGAAACCCAACUCCCCUCCACCUCCUUUUCUUCCACCCCUCCCAACACACACCAAGUUCAGGCCACCUGGCAGUAUGCUAGGCGAGCUUGGUUAGUACAGAAGUGAUUUUACAACUAGUUAAUGUGUUAAAAAGUAUUCUGGAGGAAUAACAAAAGUUGGAUAAACUUAUCCUGCAGAUAAUAUUACGAUUUGUUGGACAAUGGAGUCUUACUAGCCUGGGAAUACUGGCUGUACUGGAUUCUACUGGUAAAAGCUUCACUGGACACACAAACCCUGUCCUGGAUUACAACAAAGAUGUCUGAAGAACUACUGGCAGAAUACUUUGGGUUAAACCUGCCCUGGACUAUGUGAACCUAAGCAAGUAGAGUCUCUGUGAUUACCCUUGGACAUUUAUCUCAAUCAUUUACUGAGAGUAGCCACUUGUUAACAUACUGGAAUAAUAGAAAGGCCUUCUUUUGACUACCCAAAAUAUCACCAGCAAUCUGGAGCAGGACAAACCUCCAGCACACUGAAAGAAUGCAUGAGACUGCAGAAACUAAGGUAACAAAAAGCUAACCUGACUAACCAAAUAUUCUACUACCCCCAUUCCCCAACCCACAGAGGAACAGAGUAUAUAUGUAGAAUGAGAGCUCUAUAUCUAUAGUGUAACUCAGCAGAAGACAGAGUUUACAUCCUUUAUAUUUUUACUUCAGAGAGACAAGCUGCCUGUACACCAGUUGGUUGCCUUAGAAACCACAGUAACAAAAAAAGAAAGAAAGAAACAAGCCAGAGAAGACGGUGCCUUUUGAUUGGUUGGUUGGUUUCCCACCAUUUCAAGAUUUAUUGAUUUAGUUGGGUGUAAACUGUGAACUCUGGGAUUGAAAAGACGCCCGAUGACGUUAACCUGACCCCCACAAGCGUCGACCACCUGUCAGUGUCUUGAUUGACAGUAUUUCCCUUCUGGAUUGAUCAAUUGCCAAGCAUUUCCAUGGUGAUCACAUCAUCAUCUGGGGAGGACAAGACAGUGCCCUCUUGCAGGAUGGUCCAGUCAGAACCCUGGAUUACUUCUGCCCUUCUUCGCAAGAACAAGAGUGUAAGCAGCUCAGGAUGUCCGCCCACCUCCUCCUCCUCCUCCUCCUCCUCCUCCUCCUCCUCCACUGCCCAGGGCUUCUCCCUCGCUGAGCCAGCCAUGACCAGCCAGCACACACAUACACACCCCUCCUUCAGCUCCAUCCACUCCAUGGCCGAGCAGCAGCAGGUGCUGUCUGAUAUGACCAUACUCCAGCGGAGGAUCCCCCCUAGUUUCAGAGACCCUGCCAGCGCCCCACUGAGGAAACUCUCUGUUGACCUCAUCAAAACUUACAAGCACAUCAAUGAGGUGUACUAUACUAAGAAGAAGCGGCGGGCCCAGCAGGUCCCUCCAGAGGACAGCAGCACCAAGAAGGAGAGAAAAGUCUAUAACGAUGGCUAUGAUGAUGACAACUAUGACUAUAUUGUCAAAAAUGGAGAAAAGUGGCUGGACCGCUAUGAGAUAGACUCGUUGAUUGGGAAGGGCUCCUUUGGACAGGUGGUGAAGGCCUACGACCACCAUGAGCAGGAAUGGGUUGCCAUUAAGAUCAUUAAGAACAAAAAGGCUUUUCUAAACCAGGCACAGAUUGAACUACGCCUGCUGGAGCUCAUGAACAAGCAUGACACUGAGAUGAAAUAUUACAUAGUCCACCUGAAGCGUCACUUUAUGUUUAGGAACCAUCUCUGUUUGGUGUUUGAGUUGUUGAGCUACAACCUAUAUGAUCUGCUGAGGAACACCAACUUCAGAGGAGUCUCCCUCAACCUCACCAGGAAAUUCGCACAACAGCUCUGUACAGCAUUAUUAUUCCUGGCAACUCCAGAGCUGUCAAUCAUCCACUGCGACCUGAAACCAGAGAACAUCCUGCUGUGUAACCCUAAGAGAUCUGCUAUAAAGAUAGUUGACUUUGGCUCCUCCUGCCAGCUCGGACAGAGGAUCUAUCAGUACAUCCAAAGCAGGUUUUACCGCUCUCCUGAGGUUCUGUUGGGAAUGCCAUAUGACCUGGCCAUCGACAUGUGGUCUCUAGGAUGUAUCCUGGUGGAGAUGCACACAGGAGAGCCUCUCUUCAGUGGCUCCAAUGAGGUUGACCAGAUGAAUAAGAUUGUGGAGGUUCUGGGGGUCCCACCCAGCCACAUGCUGGAUGCAGCUCCUAAAGCCAGGAAGUAUUUUGACAAGCUGUCAGACGGUCUGUGGACUGUUAAGAAGAACAAGGACAUCAAGAAGGAGUAUAAGCCCCCAGCCACAAGGCGUCUUCAUGAGAUUUUGGGUGUAGAGACCGGGGGCCCAGGGGGACGAAGGGCAGGGGAGCCAGGACAUGCCCCCUGUGACUACCUGAAGUUUAAAGACCUGAUCCUGCGUAUGCUGGACUACGACCCUAAAAGCCGCAUCACACCAUUCUACGCCCUGCAGCACAAUUUCUUCAAGAAGACAACAGAUGAAGGAACGAACACUAGUUCAUCUACAUCCACCUCUCCUGCCAUGGACCACUCCCAUUCAACCUCCACUACUAGCUCUGUUUCUAGCUCUGGUGGCUCCAGUGGUUCUUCCAAUGACAACCGCAACUACCGCUACAGUAACCGCUACUACAACUCUGCUGUUACACAUUCAGACUAUGAGAUGACCAGCCCUCAGGCUCCCUCCCAGCAGCAGAUGAGGAUGUGGCCAGGCAGUGAUGGUGGAGGUGGGGGUCAGGACCCAGCAUACACCCAGUUGCUGCUCCAUAAGCCGGCUGCCUCCCAACAACACCAGCGCCACUUCCUGGACCCACCCCAUCACCCCCACCCGACUUACUCUCACCAUGGGAACGGUGGGCGUGGCCUGCGGCAGGGUGGACAGACAGGCAUCGGUGGAGGGGGGGGCCAACAGGGAUCCUCACCCCAGAUGAGUGACAGCAUGGAUGUGGGCGUGUCCCUAGGGCUGCACCACCUGGGGGCGGUGUCUUCCAUGGAGGCUUCUCAGUUUGGCUCUGCCUCCCUGCCCCUUGCUCUGCCAAUUGGACUGUCUGCCUUCCGGACUCGGACGGCCCCCACCGCCCCAGGGCCACAAGCCCCGCCCCCUGAUGACUACUACCCUGCCUCUAACAACAAUAACCCUGCUGCGGGGGGCAGAGGGAGGCCGGACUCAGACGAGGGGCCAGCCAACUCUUGAUAAAACCUGAACCAUGCCCUAAAGCCAUACAAUUUUAACUACAACUACUACAACUACACACAUACAGCCAGAGUUCAGAGACAAAGAGGUGAACUUUGUGCUGAAGGAGACAGUCUGUACUGCAUGAGAGGGGGAGGAGGAAGGAGGAGGAUGCUGGGAAAACUCUCCUUUUUAUCCUGUUUUAGUUUUUUGUCUUUUGUUGCGACUGUAAUUGGAAAGGAAUGAUUGUGACAAGUUUGUUUUUAUUAAUAUUAUUAUUGUUGUUUAAUAUUAUUUGAUUUUUCUGUGGUUUGAGGAGUUGUGUGUUCUACUUGGUUGUUGUAUGAGCCUGGAGAGGAGGAGGAAGAUGAAGAGGACAUAGAUGCUUUUACAUUUUACUCCAUUUGAAGGCUGUAAGUGGAAGGAGAGCACAUGUUAAUGUUCACGCUGGUUAGUUACGACAGUAUAUCCAUAUUUAUAGCCCCUCCAGAUGAGCACUCUUUCCCCAAACACACACACACACACACACACACACACACACUUACUGCUGCAUCAAGAAGACAGAAGCUGGUUUCAAAGGGAGAAAACAGCAACAUGUGUGUGAUUCAGGACUCAUGGAUUCUCUCUCCUGUCUGUGUUCAACUCUCUUUUUCUUUGAUUUUGUGUCCUCCCUCUGUUGCUCUCCACCUAGUUGUGACGGAGGAGGGAGGGAGGGAGGGAGGAGGGUAGAGAAGGUGACAGGACACUGAUGCCUUCUUGGCGUUCAUAGGGAUCUCCUCCUCCUCCCCCUCUCCCUGCUCUCCUCUUCUUCUCCUCCUUCUCCUGUUGUGUUUCUCCUCCAGACAGCUCCUCCUCUCUGUGCUGCUAAUCACCAUGACAACUGGUCCGGAUUGCUGCUAAAGAUCCAACACAGAUCAAUAAAGAAAUAAAAAGAAAUAGAAACAGAAAUUUAAAAAAAACAAAAAAAACUUUUUAACCCUUCUGCUUAAGAUAAAAGGAUAAAGUAAGAACCACUGCAUCUCAAUGUAUUUAUUACUAUUUAACAAGAAAAAACAAACUGAAAGUAACCCUUUUUCUGCUCUUCUUUGUUUGGUUGCCUUCUUUCUGCAGGUGAGCUCUGAUUGGCUAUUGUAACAGUGACAGUAACUAGUGACAUGGGAAUGUCACUGGUUGUGGGGGCUGGGUGGACGGGAGGGGUUGGGGCAAAAUAAAGUUGGAUAUAUAAUAAGAAUAAAGAGUAUACUUUUGCACACCAAAGUCAAAUAAACAUAA